GUUGUACAACUGGGAGACGAAAAGAUGUCUCCUUCGCAAAAAUGUUCAAUUCUGCAUCAGCUGAUUUUGGACAAUCAUUUAAGUGAUGUGAACGGCUCGUUUAUCUGACUGAUGAAAAGAACGACUCGAUGCUGCGGCCUUCACGAACGACCGUGCAUAAAACAUGAGGAAAAGGCACGUAUUACAUUGAUGUCUGACAACUGAAAGCAGUGUCAUUUGCCAAAUCUACUCAAGGAGGUUUACUGCAGAUUUGAAGUGAUGGUUUGUGAGGUAGAAAGGGUAUGAGCUUUCCGGAAAAUACAGCAUUGGCCGUUUUUUUUAUAAGCACAUUGUACUUUGUAUUUUCGCAUGGAAACUGCAACUUUCGAGAAAAGGGAUCAUUUGGCAUUAUUGGAGUCUUCGACUUCGCCGAUUCGUCCUCUAAAGAAGCUUUUGAGAACGCCACAUCAAGUCACAAUUCUAAGGAGUGUGUUCCCAAGUUUAUGAACAGAACUCUUCUUCUUAAAAGCGACGCGAGUGUUUCGGAAAUAAUAGAACUUGCUCAGAAUGCACUACAAACUGGUCCUUGUUUUAUGGUGUAUGCAGCCGAGGAUAGCAAGGCGAGAAUAGUCCUUGAAUUUGCAAUUACCCAAGGGGUAAAUGUUAUAACAGCUAUACCACCGUUUUACCCGAAUUACCAAUACACUGGGAUACAUCAGAGUUAUGAUCCGGCCCAUGUUUCCAGCAUAAAUACAGUUUCAAGCACGGUGACGAAGAGAGACGCCCUCUUAGCACUCUUAGGAAAGUUAAACUGGAAAAAAUUUUUGGUGGUGACGGAUAGUGAGCCCAGCUCAAAUUACUUCGUAAAUUUAUUGAAGGAAUCCCUUCAUCCAAGGAAUUUGAAUUUGACAGAGUGGCUGGUAUACAAUGAAGAUAAUUUUGAUUAUUUUGAAAAAAAAUUAGAGACUGAUGCUAGUAAUAUCAUUUUGAUAACGAAUAAUCUUUCACUCGCUGAACAGAUACUCAGCGUAAAAGAAGAUUUUCCAUCUUGGACUUGGAUUUUCCUCUGUGAUUUGGAUGUCGGAAGCUUAGGCUCCCAAUGGCAUUGGGAUUACGUUUAUACCAUAACUCCAAAAUAUUCUCUUAAGGUUAAGCUUAGUGAUUUUGUGGACGAUGCAGUGAGCUCAAUUAGCCACACCGUAACAGGAAAUGGACGCAAAGGGAAAGCCUUCUCUUGCCCAAAGAUUUGUACAUUUAGAAGACUUCUAUCUGAAGUAAACUUUCACGGUUCUUCAGAUCCUGUUGAGUUUGAUCAGCAGGGCAACCGAGUGCCCCUUCGCUACGAUGUUAACAGAAUGGAGUACAACGAAGAUCAGGAUAUGUAUGAACUUGAACAUCUUGGUUAUUGGUCUAAUGGCAAGCUCUCAAUGGAGAAAAAAGGAGAAGACCUUAAAAUCCUUCUAAACGAGUACCCACCCAAUGUUAUGUCCCAACCGAAAAAAGUUGGCGAACCAUGCCAGCCUGGCUCUAUGUUGUGCUCUAAAACUGUCGAAGGAGAGGAGAUAAAGCGUUGCUGCUAUGGCUUUGUAAUCGAUGUGUUAGAAGUGAUAUGCAACGAGAUGGAAAAAGUUCCAAAGUUAUUGUUUAGUCUAGACGGACAAUAUGGAAUUUACGAUGAAGCAAAUAACAGUUGGAAUGGCGUGGUUUCAGAACUACUUAGUGGAAGGGGUGAUAUAAGCUUUGAUCUCUACAUAAGCUCUCGCAGGGCCAAUGUUGUCGAUUUUACUGAACCGUAUAUGCCUUCAGGAAUUCGCCUUUUGGCAAAAGAGAAGAAACGUGAAGACAAUCAAAUUUACUGGGUGUCUUAUCUUAGACCUUUCACUCCUCCAGUUUGGCUUACUCUGCUUGGAAGCUUAGGUAUAAUGAUUAUCUUCCUAUGGGCAAUGGACAAGAUUAGUCCGAUCAGAGGAUCAAAGAAGCUGUUCCAUCCAAACUCUUCAUUUGGUCUCGACAACGCAGUUUGUUUCGCUCUCGCUCUUGCGUUUGGUCGCCCAGCGGACGAGUCAAAACCAAAAACUAACGGCGCUAGGCUUGCGUCAGUUGCAUUUGGAAUGGCAAUGCUGGUUUUUGUGUCAACAUAUUCGGCUAAUUUGGCUGCUUUUCUCAUCGUUGAUGAUAAAAGUCCCCCUGUGGAAGACAUUUACGACAUCAAGAUUGAGCGACCACCGGAUGGCUUUAAGUAUGGCACUAUUGACGGAUCUUAUAUGGCCGACUACUUCAAGAACAGUGAAAAUGCAUAUUUUCGCCACGUGUGGUAUCACAUGAAAGAAAACAAUGUUAAAAGUCUUCGGGAAGGAGUUGAAGCUGUCAAAACAGGGAGUCUGGACGUUUUCGUCGCAGAUCACGUGGGCCUGGAAUACGAAUCAAGGAAUGAUCUUCAUUGUGAACUCAGAGUUGUUGGUGAACCUUUUGCAAUGUCUGGAGCAUCCAUUGCUGUUAAAAAGAACAAUCCUUUGUUUAUCCAAGUAUCAGAAGCUCUUCAAAAGAUCAAAGCUAAAGGACUGACGGACUUCAUCCAAGAAUUCUGGGUAUCCAAGUAUAAAUGCCCGAGGGAAACUCCUCCAGCUCAACUUAAGGUAGAAGACCUAAGUGGACUCUUCUUGCAACUCACCAUAGCAAUGAUCGGGUGCAUACUAGGUACAUUGUGUCAGAGGAUUUUUCUACAAAUGAAAGAAAAGUGGACUAGAAAAAAUAACGAGGAUGUAGAUGAACAGGAUGCGAGGCAGGAAUUUGCACAGACAGAAACACUUGUGUGAGACAAGGUUGUUUCCUGAGAAUUUAGUAAAGAAGUCUUAAAGAGUUUCAGGAUAGACGGAAAAGUCCAUUUGCGAGUUUGGCGCAUCAUACAGUCCAAAAUGAACGCGACUAGCCGAUAGGAAUGUGAAGAACCACAUGAUAGCGAGUGUUCGGUAAUUGCAGUGUGGUGUCUGUGUCCGUAAUGUAGAGGCGUAGAAACGUUACGGAAUAGUCUGCAAGUAUAUCAUUAUUGGUCUCUUAGCCCUUGAUGGACCAACAAAAUCGAUCUUGUUACGCUUUCCAUGAUCCAGGAGCGAACCAUUCUUCCAUAAUGGAGCUAUAAGCUUCUGGCUUGCUCCAUCUGCCCUUCAUGCUACCUGGAGUAUUCAGUUGUAAAAAUUGUUAAGCCCCAUCGAGCUUUUUUCCUUUCUUAUAUGCAUACCAUCUGUUAGGACGAGCGAGACAAACUUUUCUUCACGUGUAGAUGGUAUUAGAAAAUCAUUGUAACUAAAAAUUAAAUACCCAUGGCAUAAAGAAAUCUUGAUGCAUCGAGGAUAUAUACUAUUUUAAGGGGUCCAUAAGUAACCGGAUUAUUUGUUACCAUUAGUCCCUAAUAUUGGAAUUGCUGUUUGAUUGAACCUGACUUACACUUUCCCAAGAAUGACAUAACGACAUGAAGAAGAGAACAUUUUUUCCCAUUGUCAUAGAAGUCUAUGUUGUUGUUGAACUUUUGCUACUUGAUCGUCAUGUCUGCUUGUUCACACUACUAACACAAUGAUACAGCGAUCUCUUUCAGUUGUUACGUCUUUGUGUUGCCAGUAUGAACCACGGUUAUGUCACUCUGUCAUUCUUACUAUUUUGCCCGUUUAUCAUUACACCUUCAUAUUCACACAAAUGUUGUAAAGACAUAAUAACCUUCGUUACGUUCAUGUCAUGAUGCAAGAACUGGUUUGAACCAAGAACUCCAACGGUUAUGUUGAUUGGGUGGUUUGAUCGUCCAGAGAGGAUUGUUUUCGGUCACAAAGUAUAUACCACUGAGCGAGAGGUGGUUUUCGUGCAACCUGACUGGCUGGCAAUGAUUGGCAAGUUCUUUUCAAAGCUGAGCAGCUGAAGAGACAAAAUCGCCCGUCGAGAGUUUAGUUUCAGACCAUGUUUUUGGUGUAUUGACAGAAAUACAGUUAUUUUUUUGGUACUUGUGUGGUAUAUACGAAAACAAUUAUUUACCUCGGAGUCGUAAAAAGUGCUGGAUCUUUACCUCACCUCUGCAGUAAAAGAAGUAACAAGGACAUUCGAGGAUAGUUAUCUUAAUUCAAUAAAGUUGUCAUUA